AUGGAUAUCAUUUCAGAUAUAUUACGUAGAAACACUGAAAUAUUACAAAUUAUCAUCAAAGCUACAGUUUUAAAGGGAGAAAGUAACUCUUUAUUGAUCAAUGGUCGAAGAGGUGUUGGUAAACAUCAUCUACUCAAAGAAGCUAUAAAACAGUGCAAAGAGGAUUCACUUAUCAACUCUAAACUUUCUGUGGUUUAUUUAAAUGGUCUAGUUCAUACUGAUGAUCGUUCUGCUGUCAAGUCUAUAGCCAAACAACUACAUCAAGAAGCUUUGUUAGACAAUUUAAUUGACCACCAAACGUCAGAUGAUAAAUCCUCCAAUGAAUCAUACAAUAAAACAAAGAAUUUACCAUUUUCACAACAGCUUAGUUUAUUUUUGAGUAAAGUGACUGGAGGGAAACACGAGAUGCAGCAGAAAGCUGUUUUAAUUAUUCUCAGUGAAUUCGAUUUAUUUGCUCUACAUAACAAACAAUUGCUAUUGUAUAAUUUAUUUGAUUGUUGUCAGCAGUCUGCGGAGUCUAGAAUUUGUGUUAUUGGAUUAACAUGUCGUUUAGAUAUUAUGGAGUUGCUAGAAAAGCGUGUCAAGUCAAGAUUUUCACAUCGUCAAAUUUAUCUUUGCUCGCCUGCUGCACCAAUUGACAACACCGAUUCUUAUGCAUUAAAUGAUCAACAUGCAAAUACACGUUCAAAACCAUUUGAACAAUUUUGUGAAAUAUGCAAACACCUGUUAAGUAUUAACAGUACAGAUUUAACACGCUUUCCAACAGUGCCAUCAUCAUCAUCAUCAUCAUCACCGAAAGAAUCUCAUGAGUUGCAUGUCUUGCUUAAAUCAUGGAAUAAUCAUAUUUCAAAAUUAAUGCUUGAUGAGAUUGUUGUCGAUUCAUUACGACAAGCAUGGUCGAUUUCAAUUCCAAUAGUUGCUUCACUCAGCCCUGAACACAAUCGUAUUGAACCGGUGCAAUUUAUUGAUUCUUUAUGCGCAUUACAACAAGAUUCAAAGUUGACUGCACUUAAAGGUUGCUCCGUGUUAGAACUUUUCUUGAUUACUGCUAUGGUUAAACUACAAGAGAUUAAUGAUGGGAAACCGGUGAAUUUUGAACACUUGUAUUCUGAAUACUUAAAAUUUUGUCGUUCAAGUUGUCCAGGUUAUUUAUACGAUAAACCAGUUGUAAUGAAAGCGCUGGACAAUUUAAUUGACAGUGAAUUGAUUAUCUCUGGUAAAUCAGCUGUCAGUGCAUCAUUUGGCUUAUCUACGAUGAGUGCUAAUGAUGGUGUCGUCGGUGGGUGUAAAACAACAACAGGUGGUUGGAAUUCGUCUACAGGCUCUGUCUUACCAAAUUAUCGUCCACUAUUCUGUUAUGUUGACAGUGAUAUUUUAUCCUCUUGCCUAGACACUUAUCCAAAUUGUCCAGUUGAAUUAAAGCAUUGGAUACAUUCGAGGACUUUUUAAUUGUUCCGUUGUUGUUGUUGCUGUUGUCAGUGUAUUCAUGGUCUUGCUUUAGAUUUUAUGUUCUUUUUUUAAAAAAAACCUUAUUUUUGAUAUAACAUUGCAUUUAUUGUCCAAUACUUGUAUGUUAUUAUUGCUUUUGUUACAUCGAAAGAUAUAAAAUUAUUUGUGAG